AUGAGUGAUCCUGAAGACGUGACAGCGCUUUCUAGCGAGACAACCCAACCAAAACCUAAAAAAGUGACCGCUCCAGUGGUGUCGGAAAAGACGCCCUCCAAGACCAUCACCGUGUCGGAGAAACAAACGCCAGUCUCCAGUUCGACCAGUUUGUCUAUCUCUCCCGAGAACAGACAGAUAGAAUCAAUCGACGACUGGAUCAACCUCAAGUUGGAGUAUAUUCUCAACUCGACCCUUUCACAGCAAAAAUCAUCAAAAUACACCUAUUUGGACUCCCUCGCCAAGGAGAACUCCAAGUUCACUUCCGAGCUCGUUGACAGCGUCCUUUUGGAAAUCCUCACCGAGAUCGGUGUCGACCAGUCAAAGUACAAGUCGGCCUUCGAUUUCCUGGCUGAUUGCUGGACAAGAGCCAAGAACGUUAGAAGACUCAUCAAGGCAGACGAACAGAACAAACUUGCAAAGAUCUCACUUGCAGAUGAGGCAAUUAGACUUACAUCGAGUUACUCGUUGAUCUUGUUUCUGGUUCCUGAUAUGUUUAUCAACGAAGUCAACGUUCAGGACGUUAUCCGUCUGCUUUGGUCGUCUGUCGAUAAGUACGACAGCUUCUUGAUGGACAUUAUCACCAGAUCCAUAGAAAACGAUAACGUUCUCGAGUUCCUGAAUGUGUUUUUGCCAUCGUUGGCACAACAGCUGUUGACUCUGAAUUAUUCCACAGACACAGAUUACUCAAAGAUCGUCACAGUUUACCAGAUUUUCGUCUCCAACAAGAUCAUUGCAUCUCAAAUCUAUCUAGUCGAUGGCUUCAACCCAGAAGGUUUGAAAGCUAACGAGUUCGAACUCAAAACGACACUGGGUCCAUUGCUCAGAGUCUCUGCUUUACUUCCAGAAGUUGCCGUCUCCAAUUACCCCGAUGGUCUCACCAAACCCCAAAUUAAAACCAUCCACGAGUCGCUUCAUAGCGAGCAACUCGUGUUGAUGAACAGACUGUUCGGAAUAUGCGAUAAGAUUGUGCGAUCUGGAGAAGCUUGCCGUAUGGCCUUUCUCAAAUAUCUUGCAGAUAUCGUCAACAAGAACCAUUUGAGAAGGGGUGAACAUGCCAACCCGAAGAAACUCGCUUCCGACUCAUUCAUGUUUUGCAUUACCAUCAUCUUGGUCAAGUUGUCGCAACCAUUCCUUUCGGAUGGAAUCAAAAUCGAUAAGAUUUCGACCAAUUACCUUAAUUGUCGUAAUCGUCUCUUGGAUUUGCACGAGGAGACUAAAAUCAACUCGACAAUCCAGGAGUACGAUGAAUACUACUCCGAAGACAAACUGUCUGAUCUCCCUUUGAACUUCAUAUCUGAGUGCUUCUACCUGCUUCUGGGAUAUCUCCAUUACGGUUUUGGUGGAAUGAUCACCAGUUCUGAGAGGCUGGUGAGCUACAUCAGACAACUCACCCAGGAACUUGCCAAGCUCGAGCAAAUGAUCCAAAAGACCGGAGGAGGAGGAUCCAAUCCUAUCACGAAAAUGCUUAUCGACACAAGAUUAACUCCGAUGAAGAAAGAGCUUCAAAAAAUGAAGUCUAUGAAGCUGUCAAUUGACAUGUGCUCUUUGAACAGAGAGCUUCAGCUCGAGAUUUUCGAUGUCAUCACUGGAGCCAUCAAGUUCUUUAUUAGACUGAUUGAGCCUACUCAUACUUAUCCAAAUGUUUCACUUAAAAUUCCGCUGCAUAAUUUGGACGAUGAUGUGGACAAGUUUGACGAUGUGGAGUACCUAAGAACCAUUUCUCCAGUUCCGUUCAAAUAUUUCCCAGAGUUUUUCGUUGAAGGUGUUGUCAAUUACUGUCACUAUAUUGCGAAAUUCAACAAUAAUCCAAUGCUUCAAAAUGAAAAGCAGCUGACACAGUUCUUGGAGUUUGCAAUCACCAUUCUCAGAUGUCCUGAAUUGGUCAACAAUCCGCACUUGAAGGCCAGGUUGACUGAAGUGCUGUUUUUCGGAUCACUGCCUAUGGUCAACAAUAUGGAUGGCUACAUGAUUAAUAUUUUCAACAAUAACGAUCUAGUGAAGGAGAACUUGAUCAUCUCGCUACUGGAUUUCUAUGUGAUGGUUGAGAAGACAGGAGCCUCGUCGCAGUUCUACGAUAAGUUCAACGCAAGAUGCCACAUUUCCAUGAUCUUGGAACAGCUAUGGAAAUUCGACUACUUUCGGGCGGAUCUGAAGCGGAUCUCGAAAAACCAAAAGUUCUUUGUGAGACUGAUUGCGCGUAUGUUGAAUGACACUACCUACUUACUUGACGAGUCGUUGAACCACCUGCAAACAAUUGGUAACUGCCAAAGAGAAAUAGCCAGUCGUCAAAAGGGAAAUGCUCCAACCACAGAGGAAACCGAUGAGGAUUUGACGAAAAAACUCCAAGACAGCGAGCGUAUGGCGAAAUCGUUGGUCCAGCUGUCAAACAAGACUAUUCAGCUGUUUGAUUUAUUCACGAAAGAAAUUCCAACUGCUUUCAUCAUUAUAGAAAUUGUCGACCGGUUGGCAGGAAUGUUGAACUACAACCUGGUUGCACUUGUUGGUCCAAAAUGUAAUGAGUUGCGGGUGCAAAACCCAGAGAACUACCACUUCAAUCCGUCGGACUUGUUGCUGCACAUUUCUUCGAUUUUCAUCAACUUGUCGGACGAAAAGGAGUUUAUUAAUGCGGUUGCAAGGGACUCUAGAUCUUUCAACCCUGCAUGUUUCAAAAGAGCGAUCCAGAUCCUGAACAAGGUGGGAAAGAUCGAUUAUGAAUUCAGCACGAAGCUCGAUCUUUUUGUGGGAAAAGCAGAGCAGGUCAAGCAGGAGGACGAGGAGGAAGAGAUGGAGUUGGGUGACAUUCCUGACGAGUUCCUUGAUCCGUUGAUGUUCACGUUAAUGAAGGACCCGGUGAAACUGCCUCACUCGAAGGUGAGUAUGGAUCGGUCUGUUUUGAAAGCACACUUGAUGAACGAUCCAACAGACCCCUUCAACCGGAAUCCUCUAAAAUUGGAGGACGUUGAAGACGACGUCGAGCUAAGGGAGAAGAUUAACCGGUUCAUCCAGGAACGACGCCACUCAGUUCCCUCCUCGGCGUCAACUUUGAAAAAAGCAUUUGAUGCCAUAGAACUCAAGGCGACUACACCUCAAGGAAUAAUCAAGGAAUUAUCAGACGCUUAUGAUGUGCCAGAGAUCUUGGUCCGGUCGUUAUUUAAUAUGAACGGUAGGAACAACCAAUCCAACCUGAACGAUCGCAAAUUCAUCAUCAGUUUGGAAUCGGAGAUCAUCGAGUUCAUCAUGAAGCCGAACGUGGAUUCGUGGAAGAUGACGCCAUUGAAUUCCUAUUACCGGUUAUUAACGCACAAAUUAGCCGAGUACUACAACUUGGGGCACAUUCUGUCGAACGAUGGCUACUCGAUGGUUUUGUUCAAAAUCAACACCUCACUCGUCAAUGCAGACGACGAGACCAAAAAAUGGGCCAUUUUCGACAACGAGGGCAACAUCAAGCCGUUGGACUUCAGAAGCAUCAAAUUCGAUCCGAACGAAAAGCUCAACAGAAUCCAAGUGUCGGAACUGUUCGAGAACUACAAGUCUUACUUCACCGCGAAUCUCGAGCGGGAGGAGGAAGAAGAGAGGCAAUUGAACAAAAAUGGUAAGCUCACCAGAAAGGGCAGCAGAGAUGACUCGUUCCAGAACGGCAACUCUGGACAUUACAGAAACGGGAACGGGUAUUCCAACGAUGGUGACAAGCCUUACAAAAGAUACAACAAUAGAGGAGACCGCGAGGACAUGGAGUCCUACCAUGAUAUCGGGGAGGACGACUUUGAUGGCAGAUCGCGCGGAGCCAGAAAGGGAUAUCAGCAGCCGUCCAUGCCCGAGUAUGGGUACUACCAUCCAUUUGUUCCUUACAACUACACAUACGGAGGGCACCCGCAGCUGAUGGUGCCUCCGGUGAGUGCGACGUCGCCACACGUGAAGGGCGUUUCGCCGGCACCGGAGCAUCUGCAGGCGCCUGUCGAGUCGCCGGGAGGGGUUCCUGCAUACCCAUACUACUACCCGGUGCCUAGUUCUCCGGAUGCGUCUGUGAAGGGCGCGCAAGCCACUGGGGCGGGAUCCGAGGAGAACUUGGGCACGCCGACGGAUCUCACACAAACGUCUGCUGUUCCACCCGUGCACAUGGUUUCUCCGUACCAGUACUACUACUCGCCGUACAUGAACCAGGCAGCACCGCACCCGGGGGUUUACUACCACAUGGGGCCUGGCAACAACGGCGUGCCUUAUGCGAACGGCCGGACCAACUUGUUGGCCCUGUCGAGUGCGAUGUCGCACAUAGCGUUGAAUGCCUCUUGGAUCUCCAAGUUGAUGUUAUUGCGUUUGAUGCGGCUAUUCAUGUUUUCCAUGAUCUGGUCUCUGGAGCGUCCGUUGACAAACACCACGAACCGCAGUCCAGGGAACGUUUGUUCGUACAGGUCGUUCAAUUCGACGAGUUUCUGGGCCAACACCGGGUCUGCGUUGAGCUGGGCCUGUUCUUUGGACGAAUGGGCCGAGAGUUUUGUGUUUGGGUUCUUUGGUGGGCCCAGCCGCGGGUGUGCCGACACGAUCUUGUCGAUUGUUGGUUUCAGAGCCGGGUCUUUGGAGUAUUUGUCGAACAGGUCGAGCAACAGUGUUCUGGCUGUCUCGAUCAGCUGA